UUACGGGCGUGUGGACGUAUAAUUUUUUGAAACUGCUAUACGUAUUGAAGACGGGUUUAAAGAUUUUUCUAAAAGAUUUUUGUGUGAUUUAAAAAAAACGUGUUUAAAGUGGUAAAACUAGAAGAAACAGAGAAACGAAAAAGAAACAAAAAAACAAAUAUUGUUUAGAAAAAUAUACAAAUUGGCGCCUAUUUGAAAGAAAAAAUUGCAUAAUUUGAAAAAAAGAAAGAAUAUUUAAAAAAAACCUAAAAGAUUUUUAAAGAAAAUUUAAAAAAAAUAUAUUAAACUAUAAAAAGUUAAAAAAAAUGUAUCUAUAACUUUAAACCAGUUUGAUAAAAGAUAUAAAAGUGUUUUUUAAACUUAAGUUAAACUUUUAAUGGAUUAUUAGUUGCCUGCAUUUUUUUGGAUUAUUUUCUUUAUUAUAAAGAUUUUUCUUAACAAAAUCUUUACAACUUUACAAAACAAAACACCAACAAAAAUGUUAUAAAACAUUCGAAACAAAACCACCGAUAUUUUAUAAAAAAAACCUUUUUCCUCUCAACCUGCCUUUAACAAUUAUCAACAAAAUGAUUAAGUUUCGUUAUAAACGUAAAGAACCAACCAAUAUUGUUGGAGGCAAAGAUACCAGCAAUGGCAACAGCCUCAAUACAUCAACGAUCUCAACAAAAACAACAAAUAACACAUCCACAACAAAUAAAGAUGCCACCCAUAAUGAAGCUAAAGAGAAUUGUAAACCAACGACCGCAUAUCAACAGCAGCAACAACAACAACUACCGCAACAAUUGAAAGUCAAUAACAACAAUGGUAACACAAUUAAUACAGCAGCAACAACAACAGCCACACAAUCACCAACCACAACAACCACCACAUUAAAAUCCUCCAUACAAUCACAAUUAAUAACAAGUGCACCCAUUAAUAUUGUCAAUUCGACAGCAGCAUCACAGCAUCUACAACAUCCCCAACACUGUCAAAUGGUGCUAACAGCCGGUACAGGUGGCACAUUGCCACGUAGUACACCAAAGAAAAUGAUGGAUCCACGUGAGGGUCAUAAAUCAGCCACAUUAACGCGACAAUCGAAUACAUUGCAAAAUAAUCGCAAACUAUUGACGUCAAUGGCAAAAGUUGCCUCAACCGCUGAAUUGGCGGUAAUGGGUUAUACGAAUAAACCAAACAAUAACAACAACAAUAGCAACAACUAUGGCAAUAAUACAAUGACAAGUAUAGCAAGUGGCAUAAUAUUGAGUCCAGAAGCAAUACAAGAUAGAGAUCGUUGUAUAAAUGCGGUUAUAGAACUUUUCCAACAAUUACAAACCAGCUCCGAACCAGCUCUAUGUCCCGAGCCUUUGCGUCGUGCUUUAGCUUCGGGCCCCUUGGCGGGACGUCGUUUCCCCUUGGGUUGUCUGGGUGAUGCGGCCGAAUGUUUUGAAUUACUUUUACAUCGCGUACAUUCUCAUAUUUCCUCCGAUGAUGGUGAUGCCUGUGAAUCACAGGCUUGCAUUGCUCAUCGUCGUUUUGCCAUGCGUGUCAUUGAGCAGAGUGUUUGCAAGUGUGGCGCCAAUUCAGAGCAGUUACCAUUUACUCAGAUGGUUCAUUAUGUUUCGGCCUCAGCCUUAACCUCACAAAAUUCUCUGGCUUUGCAAAAUCAUCAGCAAUUGACUUUUGGUCAACUAUUAAGAGCAGCUGGCAAUAUGGGAGAUAUAAGAGAUUGUCCGAACUCUUGUGGUGCUAAAAUUGGUAUUUGCCGUGCUCUUUUAAAUCGUCCAGAUGUCGUUUCCAUAGGAAUAGUUUGGGAUUCCGAAAGGCCAGCUGCCGAACAAGUGCAUUCUGUUCUAAAAGCUGUAGGCACCAAUUUAAGACUAUCCGAUGUAUUCCAUCAAGUCUCCGAACAAAGAUGGGCUCAAAAUGUACAACAUGAAUUGGUAGGCAUUGUAUCCUACUAUGGCAAACACUAUACCACCUUCUUUUUCCAUACCAAACUCAAGGUAUGGGUAUACUUUGAUGAUGCCAAUGUUAAAGAGGUUGGUCCCCAUUGGGAAGGUGUUGUUGACAAGUGUAGCCGUGGUCGUUAUCAGCCCUUACUACUGCUAUAUGCUGUACCCCAGCCUCAAUCGAAUAAUAGCAAUGCCACCAAUUCCACACAAAUAUCUUCGGCUCAAUAUAUGCAAGAAUUGGCUCAUAAUUCACAAUCGCCUGCUGUAAGAAGAGCCAUUACUCCUAGCCCUGAGAAACCCCAGCUGGGUAAUACCAGACGUGCCAUUACUCCUACUCCCUUAAGAGUGCCCAAUGAUUACCAGAAUCUAAGUGUUAUACAGAAGAAUAUUUUCCCUCAGAGCCCUCAAGACAACAAUGUGGCCCAUAUGAAUGCCUUAAACACAGAUGAAACGGAUUCCUAUAUCAGCCGUAAAACCGUGGAACAUGUUCUUAGUGCUCAAUAUCAGAACUUGAGUAUAAUUCAGGAUAAAAUCUUCCAACAAGAUGAAAAGGAAAUUUCCGCCAUGACCAAUUAUCAUCAGCGCAAAUCUUUGGAAGCGGUACUUAAUGCUCAAUUGGCUCGCAAGCAUCAACAACAUUUGCAGUUACAGAGAAGCCACAGUGCGGAAUCGGGUCAUGUUUCUGGCUCUUCCGCCUCCUCGACUACAUCCUCCACCAAUUCUUCUUCACCUCCUAGUGAUGGUUUAACCAUACCCGAACAUUUAAACCAACCUAGACGUCGUGAUUCGGGCAAUUGGUCUGGUGAUCGCAAUUCAGCCAGUUCUGCUUCUUCUACAACUCUGGAUAAUCCCUAUUUAUAUAUGGUGGGUAAACGUUCAGCCUCGGCAGUGCCUCAAAGCCCUACACGUAAUGGUUUGCCUUAUGAUCCUGGCUAUGAUUCGUUCUCCUUAAGUUCUACUGAUUCUUAUCCACCCAAACAUCCUUUAAAUCCUCAAUUGGCCAAAAUUCCCGAAGCUUCUCCCUCGGUGGUGUUGACAGGAGAUUGUGAGAAGCUGUGCCAUGAGGCUGAUCAAUUGCUAGAGAAAUCGAGAAUCUUGGAGGAGUCUCACGACUUAGAAACUGCUUUAGUUUUAUGCAAUGCUGCUGCGGGUAGAGCCAGAGCUGCCAUGGAUGCUCCCUACAGCAAUCCUCAUACCAUGACCUUUGCUCGCAUGAAACACAAUACCUGUGUAAUGAGAGCUCGUUCUCUCCAUCGACGCAUAUUGAUUGAAAAGGGCGCUGAAAUGGAUGCUACUCCCGAAAUGAAACAUAUGCGUGAGGGCAGCACCAGCAGUGUUAUCAGACACGUAAGACAAAACAGCAAAGAUAAGACUCUCGAGAAGAGUCCUUCGCAAACAAAUAUGCCUAAUAGCAACAACUCAACUCCCGUUAACAAUAAUAAGUCCAUAGAAAUCUAUGCUACUUUACCGAAAAAGAAAAGUCCCCUCAAGGCUUUAAUAACAGCCUCAGCAGCCAAUGAGGUGGAUAAUAUAGAAUAUGAACCUUCACCCGCCAAACCGGAAAGGGAAGGACGCUCUUUAUUCGGUCGCAAUAGCAGCAAACAGGAUAAAGAUAAAAGAAGUCGCAGUGAGGAUCGCAACAAGAUCACUAGAGAAUUUUCUCUAACCGAAACUUUAUUGGUCAAUGCCAAGGAUACUUUAAAGAAACACAAGGAAGAUAAAGAUGAGAAAAAGGAAAAAGAUAAGAAUGGCAAGAAGCAGCAUAAGAUUAGACGCAAAUUGUUAAUGGGCGGUUUAAUCAGACGCAAGAAUAGAUCUAUGCCUGAUCUAACCGAGGCUGGUGAUGAGGUGGCCAAUGCAGCCCAAGCUGCUAAUGCUGCAGCUCCUUUAGCUGCUUCCGUCGAUGACUCGGUGGUGGGUUUACAGCACAAGAAUUCCAUGAGUGGUUAUAUAUCCGAGGGUCAUUUCGAUUUCCGUGAUCCUGCCGCCAAUAAUGGCACAAAUGCCAAUCCCAAUUUGGAAAGAAGUAAGCUAAUGCGUAAGAGUUUCCAUGGCAGUGGUAGACAAUUGACUGUAGUGGCUAAAGUGGCGCCACCACCACCACCCAUGAGAACUUCUUCGACUUUGACUCAGCAGCAAUUGCAACAACAAUUGGCUUUGCAGCAGCAACAAGAUGCCGCUUUAAUGCAGCAUUUCCAUCAUGAAGCCAAUUUAUCGAAUAUCUCAGCCAUGAGUUCGAAUACCUCCAUCAGUGAGGAUUCCUGUCAGACCAUCAUAACCACCUGUGCUCAAGUACAUUCCGAACAAAGUCCCCUAAAAGAACAAUUGUACCAACAACAACAACAGCAGCAACAAUAUAAAGCUAAUAAUCUUAACGAUCAAGGUAUAGAUGAGGUAGAUGGUUUGGUGGCACCACCACAACAUGUGAGACAAGACUCACAAGAUUUUCCCCCACCACCACCACCUUUAGAAUUGCCUCCUUAUCCCAGUCCACCUCACUCGGUAUCACAUUCACGCCAGGCCAGUGAAGAUUUCCCACCACCACCACCCGAGAUUGAUAUGGAGCCUUUGAAUCAACAAAUCAAUCAAAUACAAGCCUUAGAGGCAGCCAAUAAACAACAAAGAACAUUGGAAUCUAUGGAGGGUACCACCUCAAUAUUGGCCCAAUUACAGCAGAGAAAACAUUUGAUGAACAUGCGCAAAGAACACGCCAAUACACCCACCUUUAAUCAAAUGAACUCUAAUGAAAAUUCCUGGUUAAGAGAAUUGCAAACGAAACAAUUGCAAAGACAGCAGGAGCUCACCAAUGUCCAGAGCAUGGCUCAACGCUAUGAGCAGCAACAAUCACCCAGUCCUAUGCGCGCCUUUGGUUCCCAAGAACUUUUGAAUGCUAAACCUACUAAUGCCCGAAACCCCAUGAAUGGUUUGGUUAUGAAAAAUGAAAACGAUGAGGUCGAUUGUUUACCACAAAGACCUCCACCACCAGCCUUGCAACAGCGUCAACAACAGGCCAUUAAUAACAUCUUACCCAAACCCAAAUAUGAUAUAUCGCAGACACAAAUAGCCGAAGAGAUCCGGGAGGUAGAGUUGCUCAACAAUAUGGUGCAACAAACUUUGAAUAGUGCCCAACCCAAUGGAAACACAGCAGCUCCUGUUAAACGCGUCAAAAAGAAGAGUGUUUCCUUCUGCGAUCAGGUUAUAUUGGUGGCCACUGCUGACAAUGAGGAAGAUGAUGACUUCAUACCCAAUCCCAUAUUGGAACGUGUCUUAAGAACUGCCCAAAACCCCAAUGAUAAAGUAACAGCACAAAUGAUACAACAGCAGCAACAGAACAUCAUGAGACUACAAACAGAGGCUCCCACACGAAAUAUACAACAUCAACAAGUGGCGGCAGCUAAUCAAGCUCAACAAUCACCCAUGUUGGGACAAGAAAGAAGAGCUUCCUUAAACAGCCAACAGGAUAUGCAACGUUAUGUACAACUACAAAGACCACAAAUGGAGGCUUUAAGAUUGCAGCAGCAACAAAUACAACAACAGCAGCAGCAACAACAACAACAACUGCAACAGCAGCAGCAACAACAGCAGCAUUUAUUAAUGCAACAGCAAAUGCAGCAAAAACCCGCCCAGCAAUUACCCACCGGACAGGUUUACACACCCAUCAGCGACAUUUAUCGCCUGCAGCAGCAACAACAGCUACAAAAUGCUGCAAGCAAUUCUAUGUCACAUCACAAUGAAGCACCACUCACACAUCAACAACUCUCACAACAACAACAGCAACAACAACAACAACAACCUGUCCCUCAUAGCACACAAAUGGUGCCACGCACAAGUAUGAGCGGCAUCGCUAAUGUUGCCACGCAGCAACAUAUGCAGAUGUUGGCAGCACAUACACUACAACAGCAGCACCAACAAGCUGGCCAAAACUACAAUAUGUCUAGGCAAGCGGCACAACAAGCCCCCAAUUAUUAUCCCGGCAUAGCAGGCUUGGAUCAACCCUCUCCAGUAGCACAACAACAACAACAUAUACCCUCUCCCUAUCAAAGAGUACCCCUGCCACAUGGUUAUCCCACUAAUGAACCUUAUCAGAGAGCUCCCCAACAUUUAAAUCAACAACCCAAUAAUCCCUAUCUAACACUGCCACAAGCCAAUCCCGCCACUCAUUUACAGAAUCAACCCACCAAAACUAAAAAAGUAAGUUUCGAACCUGGCACUAAAGGUGAAUCCAUGGAAUCCAUCAACAACAUUAAUGGACUACCACCCAAGCCCUCCAUGUUACAACAACAACAACAACAGCAGCAGCAAUUACAGCAACAUGGUCUACCGCCUACUAACCUAACCUGCAAUGAUACUAAUACCGUCAAUGUCACUGCCAUACCCACCCGAGUCUACAACAAUGCCAUUGUCAAGGCCUCCGCUAAAGCAGCUGAAUGUAAUCUUUGUCGGAAGCGGCAUGUCAUAGCUCCCCAACAAUAUUGCACCAAUUGCGAAUACUAUUUGAAAAUGUUAAAUAAUAGAAGAUAAGAAGACCUUUACUAAAUUUAAGUUUUACAAUUCUUUAGAUUUAAAAUUAACUAAUUUUUAUAAAAAAGAAUCUCAUAUGAAGCUAGUAUCAACGAAACUUUUUCGCUAAAACUAAAAACAUACAUACAUAUGUAAAUAUAUAUAAAGCGUCCCCCCAUACUGUACAUAUGUAAAGGUAAGUAUUUCAAUUUUGAAAAAAAAUCUCCCAUGUGAUAUUUUUUUUGUUGUUAAAAAAUCGUAUAAAGGUCUUACUUUCUCCAGGAAAGGUAAUUAAUUUAAAUAUACAUAUACUAUUAAGUAGUAUUCGCUAUAUAUCAUUUGCAAGCCUGCUAUGCAUGCUUUCCUAAUGCUUUUAUUAAGCUUUAAUCUAUUUACUAAUAUUUUUCUUUACACUUUAGAAGAGCUUCCUGUUUUUCAAAAUUUUUUUUAAGAAAACAAAAUUUGUUUUUAAAAUAUUAUUUUAAAAAAGAUUACUGUGCAACAGUAUUUUUUUUUUUAAUUCGUAUUUUUUUUAAACCUAUUUAUAGUUUAUUAGUUUUUAAAAUUUAUAUAGAUUUAAAUUAAUUUUUAAUAUAUAUUUUAAGUUUUUUAUUAUUAUUAUUAUUUUAUGAUUAUUAUAAUUUACCAAUUUUUAUACAUUUUAUAACGUUUUUUCUCCAUUUAAACAGCAAAAAAAACAACAGCCCGAAAAAAGUAUAAAAAAGAGAUGUCUGAAGCAUCCACACAGUAAGAAAAAAAAGAAAUAAGUAAAUAUAUAUAACAUAUAUAUAUUUUUUAAUAAAAUAUUCUUU